AUGAAAAAGAUUGAGAUGAGAUUAUGUGUUAUAUUGUAUCAAAGCCUGGCGCCUGGGUAUUUAAUAUAUUUUUUAAAAAAAAAAGGAAAAACUAAAACAAGCAACAUGAAAUUGAUUUUGGGAAUAAUUUUAACUAUUUUCGUUUUGGUUACAAUGAUUGGUGCUGAAAAGCCAGCUGCUUGUCUGCAACCUCACUCAAAAGAUGGUGAUGCAAUUAAGAGAUGCAGAGCAUUUUUUAGAUCGUGGACUUAUAAUGCAGAAGAAGGAAAGUGCAUCGAAUUCGGUUAUGGAGGAUGUGGUGGAAAUGAGAACCGUUUCCACUCUCUAAAGGCAUGUGAAGAUCUUUGUGUAAACUAAACAAUAUAAUUUGUUUAUUUUAUUUGUUAAUAAUAAAUAAAUUGGAACUUUUGUUUAA